AUGGCCUCAAAACUUAAAACCUUCAUCAAUCUCCAUGGCGGCUACACAGCAACUCUAUCCCGCCAGAAUCGCUCGGUAUCUUCUUCAAAUCCCUCUUCUCGGAUUCUCGCACCUGCCCACCAAUCGCACUAUCGGAAACAGAAUUUGAUCGCGAAUCUCCUUCAGAGGUAUGGAUUCCCUCAAUCCUCUCUCCAACACUUCCUCUCAAAGAACAAUUUCCUGCUGAAAUCGGAUUUAGCCGAGACCGAGAGCUCCCUCGGUGUCUUGUUAUCGCUGAAAAUCCCUCAGAAAUCACUCGUUAAGUUGAUCUCCGAUUGCCCUCACGUUCUCCGAUCGGAGUUCCUGAGGAAAUGGAGAGCUCCAAUCUCGGAUUUCGUGAAAUUCGGCCUCUCUUCCUCCGCGAUUACGAGCGUCCUCGAAUAUUCCAGUAGAAUCGGAAUCGGUCCUGAGAAAUUUCACGAAUGCACGAAGAUUCUGAAAGGUUUAGGGUUUUGCGAUAGUACUGUUAGUAAGAUCUUAACUGCGUUUCCUGGCGUAAUUGCUGUGAAUGAGAUUGAAAUCCGCAGGAAGAUUGAGUUUUUGAUUGGAAUUAACAUUCAUAGGGAUAACAUUGAGAGGUUCUUCCACAUUUUCCCUGAGAUUCUCGGGAUUGGUGAGCUUUCACGGUGUUUGGAGCUGAUCAAGACGUUGAAAUGCAGAGAAGUGAUCAGAGUUAGCAUCCUCAGCGAAGGAUUGUUCCGUGCUGGAUUCCAAGUGAAGCUGAGGAUCGAUUGUUUAUGCAGAUACGGUUUGAUUCACAGAGACGCGUUCAAGGUUGUGUGGAGAGAGCCGAGGGUGGUCUUGUACGAGAUCGAUGAGAUUGAGAAGAAGAUUGAGUUUUUAACAAACCGGAUGGGGUUUCACGUCGGUUACUUAGCUGAUGUACCGGAGUAUCUAGGUGUGAAUCUGCAGAAGCAGAUUGUUCCGAGGUGCAAUGUUAUUGAUUACUUGAAGCUGAGAGGAGGGCUUGGGUGUGAGAUUGGGUUGAAAGGUUUGAUAAAGCCAAGCAUGAAGAGGUUUUAUAAUCUGUACGUGAAGCCGUAUCCAGAGUGCGAGAGUGAAACAACGGCAUCCUCCUGGGCUUUGGAAGCUUAUGAAGCCGCCUAG